AUACUGAUGACAACAGUAGUUUACUGCAGACAACCAUGAACUAUCUUCGCGCCAAUUUAUCACGCUUCAAACUAAUUACCUUCGAUGUCACGGAUACUCUCCUAGAAUACGCUGUUCGACCUGAGCGACACUAUGCACAAGUGAUAAACGGUGUUUUGGGACCACACAUUAACUUGCAAAUUGAUGAAGAUGCGAUAAGUAAGUCAUUCGUCAGCUGUUUCCGAAUGAUGAAAAGUCAGUAUCCCAAUUUCGGAUGCAAGGGAAAGCACCCAGAUGAAUUGAACAAUCGCGAGGAAAACUGGCGCUGGUGGUGGCGCACACUAGUCGAGCGCGUAAUUUUGGAAGCAGCAUCACAAUCCGGUUACAUCAAAGUACCACCAGUGCUUUUGACUACCAUCGCAAAUCAGCUGAUCGACGAUUACACAUAUGAUACGAACCAUAUGUGUUGGAAAAAGCGACCCGGUGUGGAUCAGUUUAUGAGUGCUGUACAGGAAACAGCUAAUUCUUCUACAUCGCAGAACCAAAGAAAAAUGAUGGCCGUUAUAUCCAAUUUUGAUUCACGGCUGAGUACAAUUCUUCGGAACCACGGAAUUUCAUCUGCAUCAAACGAUAAUCCAAGGCUUGACUUCAUUCUCACCAGCUAUGAAGCCGGCGUUGAAAAACCAGACCAGCAAAUAUUUCAAAUAGCGUUAAACCGUGCAAAUCUAAUAUCUCAUGCUAGCAAUGUACAUCCUCACGAGGCGUUGCAUAUAGGAAAUUUGUGCAAAGAAGAUUACUUAGGGGCUCGCAAUGCUGGUUGGCAUGCGCUUUUAGUGAAUGUUUCAAAUACAAAGAAGAAUGAAGAGCUUCGGACAACAAUUCCGAAAUGGCACAUUUUUGCUGGAUUUCCCGAAUUACAAAACCGUUUGGAAACUGAUCCCUCAUUUGAGUGGUGAAAAUUUCUUUUUAAAACAAAAGAUAUAUUCUUUCUUGGCUCAAUUGAUUCAUUUCAAAUAAACAAAAACGAAAGCAUACAAGAUAUUAUUCAAGAGAGUAAAUAGUAUUUCAUGUUCGCGAUCUGUUCAAUGAUAAAUUAUUUAAAUGUUGUGUACAUAAAUUACAGCUGCUUUAUAUGAAGUUGUAUAAAUUAUAUUAAAUUAAAUUUGUGAUAAUGAAAUACAACGUUUGAAUUGUGUAGACCGUAAUAAUAAGAAGUAGAUUGUAAUAUUUCUACAUGCGUAAAGAUAAAGCAUUGAAUUUAAGAACUCAACGGUGAUAAGCGUAAAAGAAAAAGUGAAUCUGAUAGGCGAGAAAUAAAACAAUUCGGAAACAAUUGCAGGU